AUGUCAUCUAAAGGCAACGAACUUAUCCUUGGCUAUUGGGAUAUACGUGGCUUUGUUGAACCAUCACGUUUAUUACUUCAGUAUACAAAGACACCAUUUCAAAAUAAAUUAUAUCGUUUUGGUGAUGCUCCUGAUUACUCACGUGAGCAAUGGCUUAAAGAAAAAUCAACAUUGGGCUUAGAUUUUCCAAAUUUACCCUAUUUAAUUGAUGGCGAUUUAAAAUUAUCUCAAAGUAAAUCGAUUUUAACUCAUUUGGGAAGAAAAUGCAACCUCAUGGGUAAAACUGAACAUGAAACAUCAAUGAUUGAAUUACUUAUUGAUCAAUCACAUGAUUUACGUAGUGAUUUAAACAAUGUUUGUUAUCGUGCCAUUAAUUUUGAAGCGGUUAAAAAAAAUUUUUGUGAAUCAACAUUACCGAUACAUUUAAAAAUGUAUGAUGAUUUUCUGUCUAAACAUGGAAAAAAAUGGUUACUAAGUGAUCAAUUGACAGCAGCUGAUUUUCAAUUUUUUGAAUAUAUUGAUUGUUGUUGGGUAUUAUCAAAUGAUACAUGGGAAGAAUAUCCAACAGUAUUGAAAUAUAUGAAACAAUUUCGUGAGAUACCCGAACUAAAAAAAUACCUUGAGGGCGAACAUCAGAAGAGACCAAUUAAUGGUAAAACAGCGAAAUUUGGUGGAAAUGCAGUAAAACAUGAAGAAAAGAAAAAGGAAGAAAAAAAGAUUGAACCAGAAGAAACAGCAGCCGCUCCAACAGAACAAAAAAGUUAA